AUGGCUGCACUGCCCUUCGGGGAGCCCGCAGCGGAGUCACCAGCCUUCCCCUCGGGCAGGUGGGCGGGAGGCGGCGGCCCCGGCCCGGCCUCCCCCACCCUCAGGCCGCUUCCCCCGGCAAGCCUGGCCGCGGGGGCGGCGGCACCAGCGGAGGGGUCGCCGGCGGCUUCACAGCGUCGGAAGCGGACCAGCUUCACGGCGGCGCAGCUGGAGACGCUGGAGCUGGUCUUCCAGGACACCAUGUACCCCGACAUCUACCUGCGGGAGAAGCUGGCUGAUGCCACGCAGAUCCCCGAGUCCCGCAUCCAGGUUUGGUUCCAGAACCGGCGUGCCAAGUCUCGCCGCCAGCGGGGACCGCCCCGGCCCGGCCCCACCGAGCCACCUCCGCCGCCGUCGGGGUACCCGCGGCCGCCCCGCUUCACCGCCCUGCGCGCCCCGGAGCGGCCCCGCUACGGCCUCUCCGGCCUGGCCCAGAUCGUCCAGAUCAAGGAGGAGGGCUCGGCGCCCUAUGAAUGGCCGCCAGCCGCCGCCUUUCCCUCAGCUCCCGGCUUCGAGGGCUUCCCGCCCGGCCAGCCCGGUGGGGUGGAAGCCGCUUCCUUCGCCGGGCCGCCGCCGGCCCCCUCGUACCCGCCGACCCGCGCUUUCUGCGGGCAGUACUCGCCCGUGUCGGACGCCGAGGACACCAGCGGCUACUCGGAGUCCGGCUCAGAGUGGGAGGAGAACGCUCUCGGCGCCUUCCGAGCCCUCUGA